CAAUAGUUUUAAUAAUUCCUGUAAUUUAUUAUCGACCUUUUUUUAUUAUUAUCUUUGCUUCAAAUUGAUCAUGAAAUUAUGUUCCAUUCCUUCGAGGGACAGCUUGCCUUUUAAGUGGUUUUUCUUUGCUUUGUUGCAUGUCAUGUCGGCCAUGGCCUACAGUCCGCAUUCCACAACAGCAGUAUUGCUCGGUAAUCUACUCAUCGAUCCCGUCGUGAAUGUCGGAUCGUCGUCUUCCAACAGCUGUAUGCCAGCUAACUGCACGGCAUUGUGUCAGCCUGGUUGUAGCAAAGAACAAGUAUGUACGCUCAGAACCAUGGUGGAUUGCGGGGUUUGUCCAGCUUCCAAGUGUGUGGAUCGAUCCAUGCUGGGGGUCCCACCCGAGGCUUCAGGAACACCUGAAGCUGUGAAUCAGAAAUCGAGCGACGAAUUUGAAGCGAACGGUGCCUUUAUUGGUGGCCUCGUUGGUGGCUUAAUUGGCGUUGGCCUGCUGAUAGCCACCAUUGGAUGCGCUUUUGUAAAGUAUAGAAGGAAGAAGAACCGACUUCCGGAAGCGCUUCAGGGGAACUUAAUCGCUUGUCGGGAACUUCACGGCCACAUGGCAAAGGUCCCCAAAGUCGAAAACCCAAUGAGCCAAGAUGGCGCAUCGCCCUACCCCACGCUACCUACAGCUAGCACUUACCAAACCCAAACCGCCGCGCAUGCACGCUCAGAUCAUGGCAUGCAAUCGAAAUCUAGCUCGCCUGUGCCCACAGUUACUAUGCCUGUUUCUUCUCAGCCCAAUAAUGCGCGUCAUUCGGCGACAAGAAACUCUACUUAUCGGGAUAGUCGUUAUUCAAACAACGAGUAUCAUUCCUGCCGCACAGGGUCUCGGCUAUCGGGAUCGGUUGCUGACAGCGAGGAUAGUUGGCGGGGAUCCUAUGCUUCUACAAUCAAUCAGCCUCAGAGUACACCUGCUCAAGCGAUACAAAUAAUUCGUACGCGACCCCAGCUGAUGCGAGUCAGUUCUACUGCGGUCGGCAGCAGUGGAUCCAUACGAACGUUCUUUAGUUCAAGCGACAAUAUUUCUCGUUCAUCACAAAUUCGUUCGUUACAAGUUCAAACAAAACGUGAUGAGGAGCCUAACCAUGCCGUUGUUCAUGCGUAUUCUCGCCCAUCCGUCGAUGCAACUGCGCAUAACUUUGAAUCGUCACUCGAUGAUCCCUUUCAUGACCGAUACAGCAGACAUGCCGACUCUGUCACCUCCUUGUCGGAAGCUCUGUCUUCAUUCACGAUCAUUCCAGCAGUUUCUGGUCAACAUCCAAACCCAGGAUCCGAUUUACCAAGCAUUACUCCGAAUACCCAAAACAAAUGAUUCCUAGAAAUAUCUCGUUACCCUAUAUUAUUACCUUGAGGCUGAUUCCCAUUUUGCUGGUAUCCAGCCAUGCAAAUGAUUGGUCCUUAAUUCAUGUUUUCUACUGUAUUAACGCAGUCGUAGAUCGCACCAUAUGUUUCAUGUAGAAUAAUCGCCUCAUUGAUGGCAUAGAAAAGAUAAAGCUUCUCAACGUGAACUUCACGGAUCCCAGCUUUCUAUAACAUCGACGUAUCUUAUUCUCAAACACUACAAUCAGAG